CGUCAUCGCGUAGCAGCGUACUCGGGUUUUGGUUUCCGGGAUUAGUUCCUUCUUUCUCCUCAGGGGUUAGGUCCGAGCGGUAAGUGGUACAUUGGGGUUUGGUGUGUCAAUCGUAGAGACCGUGAUCUUGUGGCCGCUCUGACUGGGGGGGGUCUGAGCCGAAAAUGGCAACUAAUUAUUCCCCCAAAGAUGAUGAUGGUGGUGAGCAGCACAAGAGCAGGAAACCGGACAACACCGCAUUUAAGCAGCAGCGCCUCCCCGCCUGGCAGCCUAUUCUCACCGCCGGCACUGUCUUACCCGCUUUCUUUAUAAUAGGCCUCAUUUUCAUCCCCAUCGGCAUCGGCCUGUUCGUCACCUCCAACAACAUCAAAGAAUUCGAGAUUGAUUACACGGGCAUUGAACCAAAUUCUCCCUGUAAUAGCUGUGCUAUGAAUGGUACAUGGAAUACUACGUGUAUAUGUGAAGUUCAUUUCCAGCUGGAUCAGCCAUUUGAGGGAAACGUUUUCAUGUAUUAUGGAUUGUCAAAUUUCUACCAGAACCACAGACGGUAUGUCAAAUCAAGAGAUGACAGUCAGCUUAAUGGUGAUAAGGCUUCUUUAAAAGAUCCCAGUAAAGAAUGUGAGCCAUAUCGAGUGUCUGAUGGAUUACCUAUUGCCCCUUGUGGAGCUAUUGCAAACAGUCUGUUUAAUGAUACUUUAGUAUUGUACUACAUAGAUAAUGGCACUCGAAGUGAGAUUCCAUUGAUUAAAAAAGGCAUUGCUUGGUGGACAGACAGGAAUGUCAAGUUCAGAAACCCAACUGGGGAUUCCAAUUUAUCAACCAUUUUUAAAGGCACCACAAAACCCGUGAACUGGCCAAAGCCAGUGUAUGAACUUGAUCCAACUGAAAAGGACAACAAUGGAUUCAUCAAUGAAGAUUUCAUUGUGUGGAUGCGUACUGCAGCUUUACCUACCUUUCGCAAGCUGUACCGGCUUAUUGUAAAAAAUGAUUCAUUGACUCCUACAUUGCAACAGGGAAAUUAUACAUUACAUGUUACAUACAAUUAUCCAGUGCGCAGUUUUGACGGGCGAAAAAGAAUGAUCUUGAGCACUAUUUCUUGGAUGGGAGGAAAGAAUCCAUUCCUUGGAAUUGCAUACAUCACUGUCGGUUCCAUCUGCUUCUUUCUGGGAGUUGUACUACUGAUCAUCCACCACAAAUAUGGAAGCCGCAACACCAGCGCUGACAUUCCUAAUUAGUAGCAUCUUUGCAACAGAAUAACUGCAUGUGCGUCCAUCCAAAGUUCUGAUAUAUGAUGAAGCUUUAGGAAAAUCUUAGAAAGCAACUCCCAGUUAUUGUACAUGAAAUGAGGUUUGGCUGUGUCUUUGGUGCAUUGUCAAUUUGUGAUUGAUGUCUGCAAAAACAUGUUGAGAACAUUUUGAUUUGCAAGUGAUGCAGUAUAGUGCAAAGUUGCUUGAUCACAUUGUUUAAAUCACCAACGUUAAUGACUAUAAAUUUUAAAACCUGUGCGCAUAGAUGUUGAUAUUCUUAGACCUAGAAAUUGCUUAAUAUUUCUUGAGCAAUGGUAAAAAUUAAUUGUACAUUUGCUCUUACUUACCAACCAGAAAUUCAGUGAACUGUGCAAGUUCAAAUAAGGACCUAAUGAGAUGCAUGUUAUUUUCUGUACAUAUGGUGAGUAUUUCCCCUUGGUAUUAACAAACUGUGACUAGCUUUAGUGAUUGUUAAGUAAAACACAAUACUGGUCAAAUGCAUAUAUAAUGGUCAAUAUCUCUUAUCUUAAAUUCUUGUAGAUAAUUGUUUUGCCUCUUCCAGUGAAAAUGAAAAAUUGAAAUUAUUUUGCUUUGUGUUUUUGAUCAAUGCAUUCAUAUUCCACCAAUAAAUAACUAAUUAGCUGUUGGAAUUUAGGAGGGGAAAACUGAAAUCAGUAUAAUAGUUCAAUACAACAUAUCGAGAUCAUAACCCUAUUAUGCUAUAAAGUAUCUUCGAAUAAUAUUGAUUUCCAGAAGCUGUAUACCCAAUAUUCUUGUAAUAUCUUUUCUAGACCAACCUGGCCACAGAUGGUGCAACUAAAAGCUAUUUUAGUGGGAUAACAAAAGUCUUCUGUUGCAAAGAAAGUAAAUGGUUAGCUGGUAACCACUGGAGUCCAUCCUGAGUAGUUGCAAUUGUCAUGAUCUAUGUUGUCAAUCAUCCCUUGUUUUUGAGGUCAUUAGCUCCUUUAUUACGAAAUGUUGAGGUAAUUAGUGUUUCCUUUUUAUGGGAGGCAAAUUAGGGGAACAAUGAUGGGGUUAGUAGGUAUGGUGGGGGUGGGGGGCAGGCUGUAAUCUAAACUUUGACAACCAAGUGUAAAUUUUGCCAGUUGUAAUUUUAUUGGAAUGUAAAUGAUAUUAUUGGUAUGAAAAUAAAGGUCUGGCUGUAAAUGGCUCAAUGUUGCUAUGCUUUGUGCUGGAGAAUUUAUUCCAGUGCAGAUCUGGGAGGGGGAGGUUUUGUUUCUUGAGAAAUUAAGCAAAAGCUUCCUUUUUCCAGUUCCACUCUUUGUGAAAUUCUGCUCAGCUGGUUGAAACUAAGAAGUAUUUUCUUUGGUGGCUGAGGAAUGAAUAUUGUGCACUUAAGAAUGCACAGACCAUAGCGUAAAUCGGCCAAGCCACAGUGAGUUAAAAGUAUUGUUCUAGCUACGGUUGGGGGAAAAAAUGUUUGUUAAAUGAAUGUAAUUAAAGUUUAUUUAUCACCA